AUGCGCACCUCCACCACUCUUCCCACCGUUUCUUCCUCCUCGUUUUCCUCUUUUUCCUCCUUCCGUUGUUCUCGUCGUCGCCGUCUUAGUUCUUUUCCUCCUCCUUCUUCUUCUUCUUCUUCUUCACAUAAAGAACAACAAGAAGAAGAAGAACAAGGAAAAAAAAUUUUCUUUGCGUUUGGUUUCGGGUAUUGCGCCAUCGGCGUCGCCAACCAACUGCUCAAGAAGACAAAGAAGAAGAGUAAUAAUAAUAACGAGAUUUUAGGAGAAAAAGAGGAAGAUUUUGAGUGGAUUGUAGUGGGCACGACUCGAUCGCGAGAGAAAGCGGAGGCUUUGAAUCUUCGCUCGAACGGCACGUGGUGCGAAGAAGUGUUCACGUGGAAAUCAGACGACGGGGAACCGUUACAAGAGGAGUGCGCGCGGUGGUUGAAGAAAGCGGACGUUAUUUUAAUUUCGACGCCACCGAAUGGUGAUUUAGAUUUAGACCCGAUAUUAUCAACGAAAGCAGUCAGAGAAAUCUUGGAGAACGCGAAGAAGCGACAGAUGUUUAUCUAUUUGAGUUCGACGGGCGUGUACGGAGGCCAUCUCGGCGAGUGGGUGGACGAAACGACGGAACCGAAUCCAGAUUCGAUAGUCGCUCAAAGAAGGUUAAACGCCGAAAAGGCGUGGACAGAGUGGAUAGUCAAUGGUAACAAAAGAAAUAAUGUAAAGUCUUCGUUGCGAAUAUUUCGAUUGGGUGGCAUUUACGGCCCUGGAAGAAGCGCUCUCGAUAUCGCCUCGAAACGCGAAAGAGAGCGACAAUUCCAAGAGAAGACUCGGAGGAAAGAAGUAGAGGCACAGAGUGAGGAUAAUAGCAAUACUUAUAGCAUUAGAAAUAGCGAUAACGCUAAUACGAGAUCGUUAACGCCGACGCAAAUAUCUCGGAGGAAGAAGAUGUACACGUCUCGGAUCCACGUGGCGGAUGUCGCCAACGCGCUCGUUCGGUGCAUCGAAAAAGAAGUAAGCGACGAAGAAGAAGAUACCGUUUGUAUCGACGACGAUAAUCGCGUCGCCAUAUACAACGUCGUCGACGAUUAUCCUUCAUCUCGAGACGAAGCCGUCGAUUUCGCGGCAACUCUUCUGAGUUCCGAAAUAAAUAACGAAGGCAAUGAGAAGAGUGGCGAAAAAGACAUCCUCCUCCCCGACAAGAGCGAAAAGCGAGUCAAGAACGUAAAGCUCAAACGCGCGUUCGCAUCCUCUUCAUCCUCCUCUUCAUCGCUCCUCUUUCCCUCGUACAAAGAGGGACUGACGGCCAUUUACGAUGGAAAUCAAAUCCCGUUCGAUUGA